AUGAAGCUAGUAUGCGGUACCUCGUUCAUGAUGUAUGGGUACGAUGCCGGCGUUUUGGGCGGAGUCCUGCUUCACCAGCCUUUCAUUGAUGCCAUCGGGCUGGAGAACACUGGACAAUACACCAUUCCCAUGAUAUCCAGCGCCUACAGUCUAGCGGCCUUUGUUACGUCGGUCGUGCUUGGUUUCUUCUCCCUCAGGUUGGGUCGCCGCGGGACCAUUCUACUCGGCAACGGCGCGGCGAUUUUGGGCAGCGUCAUUCAAGCCUCGGCCUACAGUAUCGCGCAACUCACAGUCGGCAGAAUAAUUACUGGCUUUGCCAUUGGUUGCAUCUCAUCGGCUGUUCCAAUCUACCUGGCGGAGACUGGGGUGGAUUCCGGGGACAGAGGCCCUGCACACGCUGUCAAUGCUAUCAUGUUGAUUUCUGGCGUCCCCCUCGCGUACUGGAUCGACUAUGGGUUCACGAAAAUGAACAAUCAAAUCUCGUGGCGAGGCCCCGUUAUCUUCCAGGUCUUGCUGGCUGGGGUCGCCGGCGGCUGCAUGUUGUUCUUGCCAGAUACUCCAAGAUGGUACUAUGCCCGCAACCGCAUCGCCGAGGGCGACGCCAUCCUGGCACGUCUGCACGACGCACCAUCUCCGGAUGAUCCUGAUGUGCAACGCACAAAGCAAGAAAUCCUGGUGGUCAUUGAGGCCGAAAUGGAAGCGAGCGCGAGCUUGCACUGGAAACAGUUCAUCACCAUGGGUCUCACCGACCGCUCACCUCUCAAGAUUGCAAGAAGAUUGUGUAUCUGCUUCUGGUUGCCAUUCAUCCGUGAGUGGAUGGGAUCUUCUUUGAUGGCCUAUUAUAGCGCCAUCAUCUUGGUCAAUACUGGUGCUACGCCCACCCUGAUCUCCAUGCUGGCGGGCGUACAAAAUAUCAUUUUUGCCCUGGGUUGCGUCCCUCUUUACUUUACCAUCGAGCGGACAGGUCGCCGGAGCACUCUUCUUUACGGUGCAAUGUUUAUGACUCUUCUCAUUGUCAUUUUCAUUACUUUGGUUGCCGUACCUCAGACAGGAGCUGUCCGUUGGGCUUCGAUUGCUAUCCUUUGGUUCUUCCUUUUCGUCAUGGGUUAUGCUUAUCAAGGCGGUGCCGCUACCUCCGCUGGCGAGUGGUUAGGCACCUGGCUCACCGUCUUUGUGGGACCUAUUGGCUUUGACAAUAGCGGAUGGCAUUUUUGGUUCUGGGUGCUGAGCGGGAACUUGGUGGCCGUUGCUUUUGUCUUCUUCUUAUGCCCAGAGACUGGUGGAAAGACCUUGGAACAAGUCGACAGCCUAUUUGCGUCGGGUGGAAUUUUAGCUGGGCUUUCCAAAGACCCUUACAACGAGGAGCAUUGGGUCGAGACUUCCGCAGAGAAGCAGCCUCAAACGGACAGCACUACCGAAGUCAAAUGA